AUGCCUGACUUUACCUUUCCCCCGGGCUUCACGAUUGCCACCCCACGUCUCCAAAUCAGCCCCUUCAACCCAACCGACCCAGCCCACAGCGCCUUCUUAGUCAAGCUUUGGAAUACAGAUGAUUUCAUCAGCUCAUGCGGGAAAACCGGAAUUACCACAACAGAAAAGGCAUCUGCAUUCCUCCAAGGCAGAGUUUCAGCACACUAUGCCUAUCAUGGCUACGGCAUGUUCCUAGUCUCGCGACAGACUGAUGAAGGCUUGAAGCCGAUCGGCACGGUAUCACUUAUGAGGGGCAUCCCACCCGGCCCGGGCUAUCUCGCCCCGGAUAUCGGGUUCGCCAUAUUACCAGAGGAAGGCCGGAAGGGGUAUGCGACCGAGGCAGCGAGGGGCCUUUUGGACUAUGCGAAUAAAAAUCUCGGGGUUGAUGCCGUGUUUGGAUUCUGUUCGCCUACAAAUCAGCGGAGUCGGGGCGCUUUGGAAAAAAUUGGGAUGGAGUUUAGAGGGAUCAGGCCUUUGAAGGUUUUUGGAGGGGAGGAUAAUGCUGUCUAUGCUUUGCCAGGGAUGAGCGAGGACCUGAGUGUUUAUGAUUUGGACUGA